AUGUCGUCCAGCACUGGUGAUCUAACGCUCCAUCGGGCGUUCGUUGCUCUCGGUAGUAACUUAGGAGACCGUGUUGCUAUGAUAGAAGAGGCGUGUCGAGAGAUGGAGGCUCGAGGUAUCAGGAUCAAGCGGACAAGCUCCCUCUUUGAGACUGCGCCGAUGUAUGUGAUGGACCAGGGAGCGUUCCUCAACGGAGCAUGUGAGGUUGAAACUUCCAAGAGCCCAAUGGAGCUACUGGAUACCCUACAGUCGAUUGAGAUUGAUAUGGGGAGACAUAAGGUCGUCGAUAAGGGCCCACGCAACAUAGACCUUGACAUCCUCUUAUACGGCAACGGCGAGUUCUCUAAUGAGCGGUUGACCAUCCCUCAUAAACUUAUGCUUGAGCGGGAAUUCGUUCUACGGCCUCUUUGCCAGUUAAUUCCACAAGAGUGUCCAUUAGGCCCGCUGCAGACUGGAACAUAUACAUCUCAUUUAAACGAUCUCCCCCCGUCUGACCCGUCCCCCACCGUCAUGACGCCCAUGCCUGCAGGCUUACCCCCAAUCACUCCCACCUACCCCAGACGCAGCACGCUUCUCAUGGCAGUUCUCAACGUAACCCCCGACUCCUUCUCCGAUGGCGGAGCCCAUUCAUCAACCGACCCUGCAGCGCUGCUUGAAACAGUCAAGGCUUACAUAGACGCUGGCGUCACUAUCAUCGAUGUAGGGGGCGAAAGUACCCGUCCCAACGCCGAUCCAGUCACUGAAUCCGAAGAGCUGGCGCGCGUCAUACCGGCGAUAAAGCUCAUCAGGUCCCUCCCCGAAGCUAACAAGGUAGCCAUCAGCAUCGACACCUACCGGGCCACCGUGGCUGAGACAGCCGUUAAUGCCGGCGCGGAUAUAAUAAACGACAUAUCCGCCGGCCUGCUGGAUCCAGAUAUGCUUUCUACCAUGGCCCGCCUCCAGAAAACAGUCAUCCUCUCACACACACGCGGAACACCAAAGACUAUGAACAAACUCACAAAGUACCCCGACGGCGUGCUCGCCGGCAUCAAAGCUGAGCUGUCAGAGCGUAUACGCGCCGCUGAAGAUGCCGGUGUUCGAAGAUGGCGCAUCAUCGCCGACCCUGGCGUAGGCUUUGCCAAAACCGAAGACCAGAAUCUAGCCAUCCUAAGGCAUCUAAAUGAGCUGAGGCAAGAUGAGGGGCUACAGUAUACACCCUGGCUUGUGGGAGUUAGCAGGAAAGGGUUUGUAGGACACAUCACUGGCGUUAAGAGAGCUGAUGAGCGAACCUGGGGUACUGCAGCCGCCAUCACAGCUGCUAUCAGCAGCGGAGCAGACAUCGUACGUAUCCACGACGUCAAGGAAAUGGCUCAGGUUACUCGUAUGGCCGACGCGAUCUUUAGGUGUGAUUUGGGUAAUCAGAUGGCAGACUGA